GGGAACGCGCACAGUGUGAGGCGCGCUCACGUUGUGCGGAAAGAGAGAGAGGAGGGAGAGAGAGAGUGAGUGAGGAGAGAGCGCGCUGCUAAUACUAGAUACAGAAAACAGCAGCGAGCAUCGAGUCUGGAGAGCAACUGAUGCGACAAGAUGCUGAGCGUCGCCGUGCUGUGCUUGUGCGCCGUCGCCUUUGGACACGUCUCGGCUCGUUCAGACAACGGCAAUUUUUUGGAUGAUAAAUGGCUGUUGGAGAGAUGGGACAAAUUCAGAGAUGAGCCAAGAGCAUGGAAUCCAUCCAAACCAUUUGAUCAAGCCCUUGAUCCAGCCAAAGAUCCCUGUCUGAAGAUCAAGUGCAGUCGCCACAAAGUGUGUGUGGCUGAGGAUUACAAAACUGCCACUUGUGUGAGCCAGAGGAGAAUUAGUUUCAAGGAUCCCAGCUUGUACCAGAACCCGGUGUCAAAGUGCAAGCCCUGUCCAGUGGUGCACCCGUCUCCCGUCUGUGGAACUGAUGGACACUCGUACUCCACCGUGUGUAAACUGGAGUAUCAAGCCUGCAUCACAGGAAAGAAGAUUGGCGUCAAGUGUCCCGGCAUGUGCCCUUGCCCAUCUCAGCCCAAACCAACGCCAUCGGAGAAAAGAGUGUGCAGUGAAUCUGACCUGAAGGAGGUGGUGAGUCGUCUGAGGGACUGGUUCAGAGUACUACAUGAGAAUGGUAACCAUAAGAGGGUCAAGAUCCAAAAGCCAGAGAAGAACAAGUUUGAAGUGGGCGCAUCACCCAUCUGUAAGGACCCACUUGGAUGGAUGUUCUCCCGCCUCGACACAAACUUUGACAUGCAGCUGGACCAAUCAGAGAUCAAGAGUCUGUACAUGGACAGGAACGAGCCCUGCUCCGAUGCCUUCUUCAAAUCCUGUGACACACACAUGGACAAGGUCAUAACCAGCUCAGAGUGGUGCACGUGCUUCCAAAGAUACACAGACUCCCCUUGUAAAGCAGAGCUGUCCAGCAUCAACAAAAAGCAGUCGGGGAAGAAGCUGCUCGGCCAGUAUCUGCCGUCCUGCGAUGAGGAGGGUUACUACAGGUCCCACCAGUGCCACAGCAGCAGUGGGCAGUGCUGGUGUGUGGAUCGCUAUGGUAACGAAGUGGCUGGAUCACGUACCCAUGGUCCUGCAGACUGCGGGGUGAUUUUGGAGUCAUCCGGGGACUUGGGCAGUGGAGACCUCUUAGUGGAUGAAGGUGACGACGAUGAGGCAGACGAUGAAGAAGACGACUACCUGCCCCCGCUCGACCCGGUCAUCGAUGACGAGUACAACGAUGAAGACGAGGACGACGACGAUGUUGACGAUGAAUACCUGUCGUAAUCGAUCGAGCCCCAAAACAAACAAAACAACUUAACUGGUCAAACUGCACGCACCAUGGUGACCCGCCAGGAAGAAACCUAAUCGUACUAACAGCCAAUAGACUUCGCUCUAUAUUGUUUGUUGAAAAAAAAAAAGAAAAAAAAAAAGAAAUAUUGCUGGCGAUUAAUAAUUUCUGAUCUUAUCUCGAUAUGACUAGGCACUUUUGUUGUUUAUUUGUGUGAAUAUGACGGACUCUCAAAGACCAGCCAAUCCGGAACCUUGGAUUCGGUCACAUGGGUAAAGAUCUCCCCUGAUUGGACAGUCCUUGUCUUCUUUGUGUCCUUGUGCCGAGGUAUGUUGACGCCCCAAGGCACGCUGUUUUAAAAGACCCCCGCCCCCCCCCCCCCCCCGCCCCCUCUUUUCGCCAGUAUUCCUGUGUAUUAUAAGUGGGACGUCCCAGAUGUAGAUAAGGAAUUAUUGCACUCUUGAGGUUUUCUUUUGAUCUAUAAUUUGUAACUGUGUCUGUAACUCUAUGGAACAAGCAGAUAAAGUAAGGAACGCUUUAUUAGGGGAACUAAGGCAGUGUAGCAAUCAGAACAGACAUGCAAGCUGCUUUUAGUGAAAAACAAAUCAAACAGAAUAAUCUCUAAAGGCUCUGGCAGCAAAGAAAGACAAAUUACUGUUUAGGAGAAGAAGAAAAAAAACACGACGGUGCUUGGAGCAAAAUCGAUCUAUUUUUCUAAUCCACUGAAUAUGAAAGAUGAAACAGAUUUGUCAAAGCAUGUCUAAUACGGUGUAAUAUUCCUUUCUGUAGAGGCUAAAAAAACCUUUGUGGAACUCAAAAUAUUGUAGCUCGAGACGAAAAACUGAAUCUCGCCUCAAAACACGUGAGAUCACAAAUGUUUGUUGACCGCUGCGUCGGCGAUCUGUAUCUCAUUGUUCUUAUGGUGUCGAUGUUUUUCAGUUUUAUAUUUUAAGAGUCUUAAUGUGUAUCUAAACAUGCAGUGUAAGAGAUGCAAAAAAAAUGAUUACGUUGCACAGUCAUAGACCCACGUAUGCGCUACCAUGACGACCAGAGGGUAUUGUUUGUUGGGGGACGAGGGGUAAAGAGGUGUGCCUUUAUAAUGCCGGGGAUGGUAAUGAAAACGCUUGUAAACAGACUCAUAAUUACAGCUGAUUAUAUUGGCUUUUUAGUGGAUACCGGAUCUAUAUUGGUUUAAAUACAGUUUUGUUGUCCCACGAACACCAGAUAGCCAUAACAUUAUAAGACUACUGAACUUCAACGGGACAUAUAGAUGGGAUACAUAAUAUUACUCAAGUAGAAGUAGUGAUCCAGGAAAUGACUCAUGUAAGAAGAAGAAUUAUUUGCGUGAACUAGUAAGACAAAUUGGACGUAACAUUUGACUAAACAUUUAAUUGGAAGUACAAAACAUGAACUAAACCACAAAAUCUGGUAUUUUCAAAGGAUAUAUCACAAACAUGAGUAAACUAUAUAAACUACUCUGAAAACUACUGUAUAAUUUUAUUUAAAAAGUGUAAAUGUAACUGAGUAAUACCCACCUCUGGAGAUAUUAGGUACCAAUUUAAAUGAAAAAACAUAACUUAUUUUUGGUCCAAUCCCAUCAAAAGUGGUCUAGGUAAUGAAAACGAGUUAUACAUGGACCUAGGCCUGUCACAAUUAUCACUAUACCGACUAUCAUUUAACAUUUGGAAGCUGGAACAAUAGAUUUUGCAGCUCAGAAUUGAUCAUGUGUACAGUUUCUUCACAAAAAUAGGAAGAUUUGGGGUAUUCCUGUUGUAAAACGGUGAAAUAAGUAACUAAAUAUUGCUCCAUUCUGUUAUUUGCUUGCUGCAGCUCAUGACUUUUAAUGAGACUGUCUAUUUAAAAAUGGUUUACUGAGAUAAUUAUCUUGCAUUAUUGUUAUCGAGUCUUUUCAAUAUUAUUUAUCGCAGUGUUUUUCUGGAGCAAUACAUCGUGGUUCAAAAUGUGUUAUCGUGACAGGCCUACAUGGACCGACACACGAGAGUAGGUGGUGAUAAUGUUAUGACUACGAGGUGUCCAGUUCAUAAUACAGAUCACAAUACAGCGAUGCUCGAUGUGGGGCAAAAGCACAGGCGUAUACAGCAGUUAAGGCAUAGAACAGUGUAAUGGAUUUUAUAUCACACAAUGGCUAAGAUACGUGAGCUUUGGUUUAGACAGCUUCAUAGAAAAGAGCUGCUUAUGUUAUAAUGGCAUUUGCUUUCAUUUGAUUUGUACAUGCUGUAAUGAAUUUUAGUGUAAAUGUAAACCGGGCUGAUCGCCAGAUUUAACACGCAAAUCUGGAAACGGCCUCUCAAGUACUAAUACAUCCAUUUAACAUUUGAGAGAUUCCAUGUUGAGAAGUGCCAUCUAAAUGUCCUGCGUAGAUCUAGAGUGUCUUUCUUUUAACUUGGAAUUUCGUCUCACUUGAAGCUCUGCCUCCAGGUUCGGUUCAAGUCUAGUAUUUUUUGGUUUUGCUUUACUUUCCUGUGCGUAAUGACAAAUGGUUUGAAAAUGACCUCAGACACUGUAGCCACUCCAAUCACACACUCUGUCAUCACUCUUUGGAUAGCGUUAGGUUACGCUACAGAUUACAUUUUUUACAGUGUAUGUAUGAUUUGCUGAAAUAAAAGCUAUAUUGACCAAUGA